CCGCUUCCUUAUCAUUUUUCUCCUCCACGCGGGAAUGCUCCAGCGGGACUGAUGGACAUUUCCGAGCUGUGCAUCUCCGACCCGCUCGGCUACCACAACCAGCUGCUCGGAAGGAUGGCCACGGAGGAGCGGCACCUGUCCUCCAGCUGUGGGUCCUUCAUCAAGACUGAGCCCUCCAGCCCGUCUUCCGGCAUCGAUGCCAUCAGCCACCACAGCCCGAGCGGCUCCUCCGAUGCCAGCGGCGGCUACGGCAUCGCCAUGGGAAGCCACCCCAACGGCCUGGACUCGCCGCCCAUGUUCAACGGCGCGGGGAUCGGCGGCGGCUCCUGCCGUAAGCGGUACGAUGACUGCGCCAGCGCCAUCAUGGAGGACUCGCCCACCAAGUGCGAGUACAUGCUCAAUGCCAUUCCCAAGCGGCUGUGCCUCGUGUGCGGGGACAUUGCCUCGGGGUACCACUAUGGAGUGGCCUCCUGUGAGGCGUGCAAAGCCUUCUUCAAGAGGACUAUUCAAGGGAAUAUUGAAUACAGCUGUCCGGCCACCAACGAAUGUGAGAUCACGAAACGGAGGCGCAAGUCCUGCCAGGCCUGCCGCUUCAUGAAAUGCCUCAAAGUGGGGAUGCUGAAAGAAGGUGUUCGUCUGGAUAGAGUCCGUGGAGGCCGCCAGAAGUACAAGAGGAGACUGGAUUCUGAGAGCAGCACUUACCUGAGCUUACAGAUCCCUCCGCCCGCUAAAAAGCCACUGACUAAGAUCGUCUCGCACUUGCUGGUGGCAGAGCCAGAGAAGAUCUACGCCAUGCCUGAUCCAACCAUGCCCGAGAGUGACAUCAAAGCCCUGACAACCCUCUGUGACCUGGCGGACAGGGAGCUGGUGGUCAUCAUUGGCUGGGCAAAGCACAUCCCAGGGUUCUCCAAUCUGUCCCUUGGGGACCAGAUGAGCCUCUUGCAGAGUGCCUGGAUGGAGAUCCUCAUCUUGGGCAUUGUGUACCGCUCCCUGCCCUACGAGGACAAGCUGGUCUAUGCUGAGGACUACAUUAUGGAUGAAGAGCACUCUCGUCUGACGGGGCUGCUGGAGCUCUACCUGGCCAUCCUGCAACUGGUGCGUCGCUACAAGAAGCUCAAGGUGGAAAAGGAGGAGUUUGUCACGCUCAAGGCCCUGGCCCUCGCCAACUCAGACUCCAUGCACAUAGAGGACAUGGAUGCAGUGCAGAAACUCCAGGACCUCCUGCAUGAAGCCCUGCAGGACUACGAGCUGAGUCAGCGCAACGAGGAGCCCCGGCGAGCAGGCAAGCUGCUCCUGACCUUGCCUCUCCUGCGGCAGACGGCCGCCAAAGCUGUGCAGCAUUUCUACAGCAUCAAACUGCAGGGCAAGGUUCCCAUGCAUAAACUCUUCCUAGAAAUGCUAGAGGCAAAGGUCUGACGGCCCCAGUGCCAGCCAUCAGUGGCCGGGGAACAAACUAGAAACAAAGAUGCAGACAACGGAGCAAUCCAAACAGCAGCAGCAGCAGUCGCCGCCGGCUUUUAUCUCCAAUCAUUUAUUAUGGAAGAAUUAUUUAAUGUCUAUCUGUCGGCGUGACUGCAGAAUCUCGUGUACAGGAGGGGGGAAACUCUUUUAAUCGCUCACUUGUUUCUCUUUCUUUUUUGUUUGUUUUCUCUGUGGGAAAUAGCAGACUAAGCUCUUGCACUCGUGCAGGCGGUCACUGGGGUCCAGCCUCGCCGAGCAGUGAUGCGCUCAGCGCUCCCCGGGGCUGCCUGCUCCCCAGCUCCCUCCGCCAGUGCUGGAGGGGGAGGGGGGACCGAAGCAGGAAAGAGGAGAACAGAGUCCGUAUAAACUUCACCUGCUGCUG